AAUUAACUCGUGAACACUUUCGAGCAAAAAUUUUUCACUAAUUUCGACGUGGAAAUCUUGUCGUGAUAAUACAAGAUCGCAUCGAUGAACUUAAAUCUUUGUAUGGCGAUGAAGCGCCAUCAUAUACUCGUAGCACUGUGAAAAACUGGUUCACUGAAUUCCGAUGCUCGCUCGAAGACUAGGAUCGUGGACACUGCCAGAGAACAUUAAUGCCGACCGUGAACUGAUAAUGUAUGAAAUCGCAGGCAAAGGAUGACCCGAAGGAUGAGCGACGGUCAUAUGCCAGAGAGAAGGUGUUCAUGUACAGCAACAACGUGUUGAUUGGCAACUGGUAUAGCAAUCGGUUCCAAGUGUCAACACUUAGUGGCAGUUCGAUUUUGCCUGGCCUGAUGACCGAGAAGGGCUGCGAGCAGCACCUGACCUGCAGCCAGUCGACGUACCUUCCCUUCGACUACAACCAAUCUGUGCACGAGCACUUGCUCAUCAGGAACCGGAUGUAUGGCAACAAGGUCUCGCAGAGCGCCAGCAUGACGUUGCACGAUGAGGAUCAGUAUCUCAACAACUACACCACCAUGAACACGCUGAUGUUCUACCUGUUCCCCAAGAUGCAGCUGGAGCAGUGCCUGAAGAUGGAGGAUGCUGGUCAGUCGAACUUCAUCCCAACCAGACCCGAUGGUCUCGCCAGCUAUGGCAACUGCAGCCUUGUCCACAAUAAGUUGCGGUGCAAGCUGGCCAACGAGCGUCCUCCAGGCGGUCUGACGAGCUACAGGGGCGAAUUCUACGCGAAAACUAAGGCAAAGACCGAUAACGUAAAGAUCGGCGAGUGGGCAGUUGCGGAUGAAGCCACCAGGAAGAGAGAUCGGGAUAGGUUCAUCUUUCUUAAUUGCAAUAUUCACGACGACUAAGAAGGCUUCAAAGCU